CUUGCUUUUUCUUAUCUGCGAUAUAGAUCUAUUGAUAAUAUUCUAGUCUAGCACUUUAGUAGAUCUACUAGAUGAUACUAGAUCUAGAUAUAUCUAGUAGAUCUAGAUAUAGUCUAUAUAUUAAAUAUAUAGAUCUAGAUAUAUCUAUGAUCUAAUGAAUCUUUCAGAAUUUUCAAAGCCUGAACCAAGAAUUCAUUUAAGACUGCACCCCCCUAGUGACACCACUGUUCAUUUGGACUGUGUAAAUGAUAUGGCUUGUAUAAGCCGAAACAGCCACCAUUUAAGCCUAAAAUACAGAUGAUCACAUUGAAAAUGAAACAAGCAAAAAAAAAUCAAGAACAGGGAGAAAUUAGCACGAAACGCUUAUCCAUUAGAGAUAAGCUUCUCAUUAAAGAAGUACAAGAGAUGGAAGAAAACAUGCCUUCAACUUGUGAAGUGAUAUUUAAUGAUCCAAGUUGUUUGCAUCAAUUUACAUUGAUAGUCAUGCCAGAUACAGGAUUUUGGCAAGGCGGAAGAUUCCGUUUUACAGUAUCUGUUCCUGAUGACUACAAUAUUGUGCCUCCGAAAGUAGUUUGUAAUACAAAGUUGUACCAUCCUAACAUUACUGAAGUAGGGGAAGUAUGUCUUAGUCUACUUCGUCAGAGCUCAUAUGAUAGCAUGGGCUGGGCACCCACAAGAAAGCUGAAAGAUGUAAUUUGGGGUCUCAAUUCAUUAUUUACAGAUUUAUUAAAUUUUGAUGAUCCGCUGAAUGUAGAAGCUGCAGAACAUUAUGCAAAAGAUAAAGAAUCAUUCAAAAUCAAAGUCAGAGAAUUUGUUCAGCUACAUGCAAAAAGAUGAUCAUCUUAUUAUAAGAAUAUAGGCCUCUAUUUAAAUAAUAGAUUUUUUAAAGAGUUAUGAUAAAAGCAUAUGAUAUUGAGUGUUUUAAGCAGGUCUGUUGUUUUUUUUUCAGUGAAAAAGAUGAUGUUAAAAUAGAAACAAAAAGUUAAUUUUAUUAUUCAUUUUAAUGAAAGAAGAUUUUAAUUUGUACAGGAAAUCACAUGUCCAUUCUGAAAUAAAUAAAGUAAAACAAUGUGUAGCUUUUGUAAGUAAUUUAAAUUUCAUUGUGCACAUUAGAUUCCCUUUUAAUUAAACCAAAAUUUAUAGAAACAAUAUUUAAAAUUUUUUUUUUCAUUUUAAAAAGUAGACAUAGUUGGUUGAAUGUGUUAGUUUACAAUACACUAGAUAACACAACACUGUAAAGCCAGGUUCAACAAGUUCAUAUGUAUACCUAUAUGGCUCCCUCUGUCUCGAAAGAUGAUGGAUUUGCCCCCAGCGGAAUCACUGGCUUUGGUUUCUUCUGUAGUCCAGGCUGAUUAUAAUGUAACUAAAUAAGCCGAUUCUGGAGUAGCAAAGUUUAAAACAGUUCAUGCAUGUGUAUGCACCUGUUUUACAGCUAUUUAAAUGGCAACUUUCUUAUCCCCUAGUCUUAGGCCGCUUCAUUCCGUUCGCUCUCGGCGAGGUUCAUACCAGUAAAUACAGUCUGUCUCCAUGCUGUCAAAUUUCCUCACACAUACGUUUAUUGAUCCCUGUAGUCCUCAGACCUAGCUUGCAGAUUUCUCUGUAGGUUAAUCUUGGGUCUGUCUCUCUCCGCAAGAUCAGCAUAGAGCAGGGGUUCUCAACCUAUUGAGCUCGACGAUCCCCUUACUAUGCUAGACCCUCCCCCCCAACUUUAAUAGAAGCCCAUUUCCUUAUGCUUAUGAACGGAAAUAUUUUAAUGUUAUAAACUCGUAUAAUCAUUAUGUGAAUAUUUGCUAUGCAUUGACAAAGCUUUAGGUUAAAUCACGAAACAAUGUUAUUACAUUAUGUCUCAUAUAUAUUUUUGAUCAUAAUUAAAUGUGAAAAAUUGAAAUUUUAUCUUUAUUGCUUGCAUUUAUUUACUUUUCUAUUUCUUUUUCACCAUAUAUACUCUACUUUGCAUACUUUAAUUUUAAAAAAGAUAUAAAAUUUUUGUUUUUAAAAUUUAAAAUGCAUGACACGGAUAGUGGUCGGGAUUACUAUACAGUCUGUACAAACAAAACAGCAUUAGUGCGAAGUAUGAGCUUGUUUCUGUUAGGCAUUGUCGGAAAAUCUUUGCAAGAUCACAAAGAUCUUCUGCAUUCAUCUUGUAUUUAGACUUGAAAAUUAACAAGAUGGAAAACCAUGUUUCACAAAAAUAUAUGAAAGAAGGUGGCGCGACACGGACAAAUCGGGAUAUGACUGCAAACACUAAUCCAGAUUUGUGUAAAUGACAUUGAAGAUAAAUCAUUAAUCGAUUCAUCGCUAUUAAUGAGUUCAGUAAGUUCUUUUUGUGAUGUCUUCGGAACAUCAAGGGUUACUAUAAAUGGACUCCUUUCAAGUGCAAACGUUUGGAGAACCGGAUUUGGACUUGAUACGGCCCUGAGCCUUGUAAAAAGACAAUACUUUUCCUUUGCUCUUUCUUAAAUAUAAUUGGGGGGGGGGGUCUAUAGGCUAAUCCAGAGCUGACGAAAUGUUUGAUGAUAUAUUAUUAAUUUUCUUUUACAGAAAUUGGUUAUCAUUUAUCCCUUUAUCAUUUCCCUCACAAAGAGUAGAUAAGAUUUGCUGCAUGUAAAUAUUAAUUUCUUCCAGUUUUGUUUACUAAUCUUAAGUUUCAUUUAGUAGGGUCGGAUUAAAAACCAACUCUAGGCAUGUUGCGUGUGUGUUACGUGCGCAUCUUAGUGUAAAUGUGGAAUGGUGCGAAUGCGUGUUGAAAGGGAGGGAAGAUGGAAUCCGAAAAAUGAAGGAAUGUAAUCAAAGUUAUUGUUGACACAUUGUUGAUUGUGACUAAGGAUUAAAGUCAUUAUAAUCUACCAUAUGUUAUGUUAUCAUUAAAAGUCUCAUCAUAUAAGAAGACGUAA